AACUUUACAGGAUCGUCAGUAUAUUACCAAAUGGCGCUUUGAUCGCUAAGGAUUUUGAUCCAAGAUUUGUUUCGCUAAUUUUAUAUAUUCGUUGAAAUUGUUUUUUUUUUUUCUGAUAAUUUUCAAACCUACAUAAAUUAGUUAACCUAAACUGUAUAUUAAGUGUUACUUGUUUACCGUUUGGUGUUAUUGACAUAGUGAAAUAAAAUAGAGAGAAGUUACAAUGGUCAUGGAAGAACACCAUUCUGAUAUGGAAUUAGCAGCAGAAAAGAUUCCAGUACCGCAAGUACAAAAACCAAUUGAAAUGCCAUCAGUCGAAACAAAAAAUCAAGUUAAAGGUAUAUCACAUAAUAAACCAAGAUUUAGAAAAACGGCAUUGCACGCAGCUAUACUCAAACAAAUGGAAUUUUAUUUUUCCGAUGCAAAUUUAAGUAAAGAUCGAUUUUUGGGAAAUCUUAUUAAGGAAGAUCCAUAUAUUGAUCUCAGUGUCUUUACUAGAUUCAACAAAAUCCGAGAAUUAACGACAGAUAUAAACAGGAUAGCUAAGGCACUCGAAAAAUCAACAAUGUUAUCUAUUUCUGAAAAUGGUUUAAAAGUUCGUCGUAUAACUCCAAUUAAACAAAAGGAAAAUACAGAAGAUUGUACAGUGUAUGUUCAAAAUUUACCACCGGGUACUACUCAUGAUUGGUUAAAUUCUAUUUUUUCUCGUUAUGGAAAUGUUGCAUAUGUUUCCUUACCUCACUACAAGAUCAAUAAAAAAAUAAAAGGAUUUGCUUUUAUAGAAUUUGAUACACCAGAAGAAGCUGAAGAAUGUCUCAAGGAUUUUAAAAAAAUGGAUUGUCUCUUACCGUCACAUUCAGAUCCUGAUGAAAUUUUAAGUAUUACUACUUUUGAUAAUACUGAAAAAGAUGUAACUAAUACAAAUAAAGCAAUAAAAAGGAAACAGGAUGAAACUAACUCGUCUAAUGAUAUAAAUUCAGAUGUAAAGAUGUCUCGUAUUAUCGAAAUGAAAAGUGAAAAGAAUGAGAAUAAACUUGUUAGUUCAGAAAAAAAUAGCACUGAGCCAAAAAAGAUUAAAAGAAAACACAGUUCUGUAACUGAUGAAGAUACUAAAAUUGCAGAUGACAAGAUUGUUUUAGUAGAACCAGACAGUAAAAAAUUAAAAAGAUACAAUGAACAUGAAAAUGAAACUACCAAUAAUCAUUCAUGUGAAAUUGAACCUCAAGAUGAAACUACAAAUAAUCAUUCAUGUGAUAUUGAACCACAAGAUGUAAUCUUCAAUGAGAAUAAUGUCUUACAAAAAUCAGAUGAAAUGAAUUUAGACGAAUCGAGUGAAGAAAUAAAUGAAUUAUCCAAAAGACCAAAGAAAAAAAUUAAGAAAUCUAAAUCCGAAAAUGACAUUAAUGUUAAUGAAAUUUCAAACAAUGAUGUUAAGAGUGUAGAUGUAGUUACAGAAAAUGUUGAAACAACUGAUGAUGUUGUCGAUAAUAAAAAACCUGCAAAGGAUAAAAAAAUGAAACGUAAACGUAAGAGAAAAAGUAGGAUUGAUGAUAAUAAUAUAAACAAUAUGGGAUUACAAGUAAUGGCUAAAAAACAUUGGAAAUAUUUAAGAAAUAAAUAUUUAGAAUUGCAAAGAAGCAAAAUGAAACAAUUGAAGCAACAUUUGAAAAAGACUAGAAAUCAGUGGAACAAUUUUGAUAAGACAAAAUCAGAUAAAGAAGAAAUUGAAGAGAAAGAGAAAAUAUCUAACGUAGACAAGACUACUAUGCGUUCAUUUUCUUUUACACCAGGAGUAAUAGUAAAAAUUAAAUUGGAUGAACCAUGUACGGAUACGAAAAGUUUCAAGGCGGAGUUGAAAGGUAAUAACAGUGUAAAAUACAUAGACGUAUCAGAAGGUGCAAGUGAAGCUUACGUUAGAUGUGACACACCAGAAUCAGCUCAAUCAUUUGUUCAAAAAUCUAAUACAGAAAAUAAUAUGGUUAUACUGAAAGACGAAGAUGAACGUAUCUAUUGGGACAAAAUAUUGCGAGAUAGAGAAGAAAAAUUAGGUAAAAAGGUUCGAGUUAAACAAAGGGGAAGAAGUAAACUUCUUAAGAAAGCAGAGAAAGAAUUAGGAAAACAUAUAAUAUUUGAUGAAGUUGAUUAAAUUUAUGAUUUCUUGUGUGUAUCGUAAACAUAUGUUCUUGAAGAUAUAAAUGAAAAUAUUUUUUUUGGUUGUUAUGAUAUACAUUAAAUAUUACUUUUAUUUACGCUAUAAUAAUUAACGCAUUGAAUGCGGAGUUGAGUUGAUUUUGUACUACUUUUCGUUUAAACAUCACACUGCAACUAUCACUCGGUAAGAUGCUUAGUUAUAAAAAGUGUAAAUAGAACAUAACACACACCGUCGCAGUAAUGAUUAUGUUUUAUUGU